AUGGGUAAUAAGUGGUGCAAAUUAAUGGAAUAUCUUUACGGCACUGCAUCUUCGAUUUCGAGAGAUUUGGUGUGUGGAACAAUAAAUGAAAUACGUUACCUUUGCUGCUUCAACAAUUUAGUUAAAGAGCUUGAAAAAGAAGAAGGGAAUUUGAUUGCAACAAGAGACAGUGUAAGAGAUCGUGUUGAACAAGCUCAUAAACAAACAAAAAAGACUGCACAAGUUGUUCACAAGUGGUUAAAGGAAGCUAAUGCUGACAUAGACAACGUAGACGAGUUACUAAAGAAGGCAAGAACAAAGAAGAGCUAUUGUUUUGGGCAUUGUCCGAAUUGGAUUUGGCGGUACUGUCUGGGCAAGAAGUUAGCCAAGAAAAAGAAAGACCUUAAAACAUAUAUUGAAGAAGGUAGACAGUAUAUACAACUUGAAAGCCCUGCUUCACUUGCAGGCUAUUUUUCUUCGGAAAAAUGUUGGGAAUUUGAAAGUAGAAAAUCUGCUUAUGAGGAGCUAAUGAAUGCACUAGAAGAUGAUGAGGUUUCCAUGAUUGGAUUGUAUGGGAUGGGGGGUUGUGGUAAAACGAUGUUGGCAAUGGAAGUAAUGAAGAGAGCAAAUCUUCUUUUUGACAAAGUGCUUUUUGUGCCGGUAUCUAAUACUGUACAAGUGCAAAAAAUCCAAGACAAGAUUGCAGGUUCACUUGAGUUUGAAUUCCAAGAAAAAGAUGAAAUGGACAGAUCCCAACGCUUGUGCAUGAGGGUAAUUCAAGAAGAUAAGAUACUUGUGAUCUUGGAUGAUGUGUGGCAAAUGCUUGAUUUUGAUGCCAUAGGGAUUCCCUCCAUUGAACAUCAUAAAUGUUGCAAGGUUCUCAUUACCACUCGAUCUGAAGCAGUUUGUACUUUAAUGGACUGUCAAAAAAUGAUUCACUUAUCAAUCUUAACUAAUAAUGAAGCGUGGGUUCUUUUCCAAAAGCAAGCACUAUUAUCUGAAGAAACUUCUAUCAGCGUUAAACAUUUGGCAAGAGAAAUUUCAGAUGAAUGCAAAGGAUUACCCGUUGCCAUUGUAGCUGUUGCUAGCAGCUUGAAGGGAAAAGCUGAGGUGGAAUGGAAGGUGGCCCUGGAUAGAUUGAGAAAUUCUAAACUCAUCAAUAUUGAAAAAGGUUUGCCAAAUCCCUACGAGUGCCUGCUGUUAAGCUAUGAUAAUUUGGACUUUGAAGAAGCCAAAUCACUUUUCUUGUUGUGUUCCGUAUUCCCUGAAGAUUGUGAAAUUCUAGUUGAAUUUUUAACCAGAUCUGCAAUAGGGCUAGGCAUAUUUGGAGAAAUUCACUCCUACGAAGGGGCAAGGAAUGAAGUGACUGCUGCUAAAAAUAAGCUUGUGAGUUCUUGCUUGCUGUUGGAUGCUAAUGGAGGAAAAAUUGUCAAAAUGCAUGAUGUAGUUCGAGACAUAGCCUACUGGAUUGCAGAGAAUGAGAAUAAGAUAAUUAAGUGUGCGUUGGAAAAAGAUGUAACUUUGGAACACAAUUCUGUAAGAUAUCUAUGGUGUGAGAAAUUUCCAAAUGAUUUGGACUGUUCCAAUCUUGAGUUUGUGUGCAUACAUACAUAUUUGGAAGUAUCAGAUGAAACCUUCAAUGAAAUGAAAAUGCUUAGAGUUUUGUUUCUUUCAAAUAAGGCUAGGUAUAGAAGGCCAUUGUUGGCAAUGUCGUUAAAAUCGCUGAAAAAUCUUCGUUGCAUGCUCCUAAGUAAAUGGGAAUUAGGAGACAUCUCAUUUGUGGAUGAUAUGAAGAAACUGGAAAGUCUUACCUUGCGUGAUUGCUCAUUCUUUGAGUUAACUAAUGUUGUGGUUACACAAUUAACAAAUUUGAGAUUGUUGGAUUUGUCAGAAUGUGACAUGAAAAUAAGUCCUUUUGAAGUGAUUGGAAGACACCCACGGUUAGAAGAACUGUACUUUACUGAUCAUAGAUCAAAAUGGGAUUUUUACAAUGAACACGCUGCUGAAUUCUUCCAAGAGUUUAGAGUCCCCCAAGUAUUACAAAGGUAUCAUAUACAAUUAGGAAUCAUGUUUGCAGGUUUCCAAGAAGAGUUGCCUAAUUGUCACAGAAAUUUAUUACUUAGUUAUUUGGAUACCUCUAAUGGAGCAGUUAGAGAUUUAGCCAAAACGGCAGAGGUUUUGUGUCUAGCAAAUAUUGAGGGAGGUGCAAAAAAUAUUAUCCCUGACAUAUUUCAAAUACAAGGAGGUACCGAUCAUUUGAUAAAGCUUUUCAUACGUGACUCUGAAGAGAUAGAAUGUUUGGUUGACACUAGCCAUCCUUUGAGUGAGGUAGGAGCUCUUUUCUCCAAAUUGCAUUGGCUAAGAAUUGAGCACAUGAAGCAUUUGAGAGCCUUAUACCAUGGUUCUCUGCCUCCUGGUGUGAAUUUUGAGAAAUUAGAGGAGCUAUAUUUAAGUCAUUGUCCAAAGUUGACAUGCCUGUUCACACUUGAGGUUGCUCAAAAUCUGGUACAUAUGAAAAAGUUAGAAAUGAUAUCCUGUCCAGGACUGAAGCACAUAUUGACUGAUGAUGAUAGAGAGGAGAUAACUUCAGAUGAUAAAAAGAUGUUGUUCCCAAAAUUAAAACAACUCCAUGUCAAAACAUGUGACGCGUUGGAAUAUUUAAUCCCUAUCACUUUUGCUGGGGGACUUGUACAAUUAGAGUGUUUGGAAAUUGUAUGCAAUAGUGAGUUGAAAUACGUGUUUGGUCAAUGCACAAAUGGAGCUCACCUGGUUGGUCAGAAUCAAAAUGAACUCAAGAUCGACCUUACUUCCCUAGAAGAGCUUACUCUUAAUGCCUUGCCAGACAUCAUUAGCAUUUGCCCUGAAGUUUGUUGUGUAACAUGGCCAUCUCUUCGGCAGUUUAGUGUGCAAAAUUGUCCAGGAUUCUCCAUCGUGUCUAUCAAUACUUGCUUGGCUUUACAUAACAAUCAGAUAAUUAAUGAAGCUUCACAUCUAACAGUGCAGCAUAUAAAGGAAGUUCGGGUCAAUAACUGUGAGUUAGAAGGUGUCAUUCAGCUGGCAGAACUAUCUGUUGAUGGAAAACAAGAUUCUUUGACAUCUUGUUUGGAAAUGUUGUAUUUGGAGAAUCUACCUCAACUGAGGUAUAUAUGUAAAGGUGAUAUACAGUUCAUAAACCUCCUCCAAAAUCUUCAACAAAUGGAGGUAAGUGGAUGUAGAAAAUUAAAAUCCGUCUUCUCAGCCUAUAUCUCAGGAGGCCUACCCCAACUGAAAGCACUGAAGAUAGAAAACUGCAAUCAGCUAGAACAAAUCAUUGAAGAUAAGAAGCGCAUUAUGUUGCUUCUGUUUAACUACUUUCCAGGGUCAUUCAAUAUGCCCAACCUUACAAGGCUAAUGGUAAAAUCGUGUCCACUCUUGGGUCCAUUGUUCACAACAUCCACUGCUAAAACCUUGACCUCAUUGGAAGAACUGAUAAUACAAGACUGCCAUCGUGUGGAGCAUAUACUAGUUCAAUAUGAUCAUGACUUUCAGAGUUAUAUGACAGUGUUUCCAAGUUUGAAAAAGUUGAAUGUUAUGAGAUGUCACUUAUUGCAGUAUAUAUUCCCCGUCUCAUUUGCCAAAGGUUUGGAGCAAUUGGAAACCAUAGAAAUUAGAGAGACUCCUAAAUUGAUAUAUUUAUUUGGUCCAAACAUUCAUUCUUCCCAUCAAUACCUAAACAAGAUCCAAAUUGAGUUUCCUGUUUUGAAAAAAAUCACACUCCAUAGUAUACCAAAUAUGAUCAACAUUUGCCCAGAAAAUUAUUAUGCAACAUGCCCAUCUUUACAACUGCUUGUCAUGAACGAUGUUGGGUUGCCCACUCUGUUUAUCAAUAAUUUGAUGGAUGAUUCAGUAGCUACCCAGUCAAAUCAUAGUUCUAUAAUGGUACGAGAUUCAGGGACAACCACUGUGACGAUUAAGCAAAAGUUAGUGACUGUUACUAUUGAGAAUAGUUCCAAACUUAAAGAUGUUUUCCAUCUUGAAGAAUUUCCUAUCAAUGGGAAACAAGUGACUUUGUGUUUAGAAGUUCUAAAGUUAUUCGAUUUACCGGAGCUAAGGUAUAUAUGGACAACUACCAAACAGUUUGUGAGCCUUCAAGUUCAUCUUCAUAAACUACACAUUUGCAAUUGUCCAAAACUAAAGGCUAUCUUCUCUACCUCUGUCUUGAGAAUGCUACCUCUGUUGAAGAUCCUAGUUGUAGAGCAUUGUGAGGAAUUGGAGCAAAUCAUUGAGGAUGAUAAAGAAAAUGAAAAUGUCUCAAAUCCUCAAUCCCCAAAAGUAUGCUUCUCACAACUUAAGUUCCUUCUUGUCACACAUUGCAACAACUUGAAGAAUCUAUUCUUUAUCUCCAUCUCCCACGAGUUUCCAGAACUAGAGUAUCUAAUUCUAAAUCAUGAUUCUCAUCUUAUGCAAGUGUUUGAAGGUGAAGCAGGUGUGAGAGAAGGGAGGGUGGAGGUUUUACUUCCAAAACUGAAACAUGUAGUAUUAAUACAACUUCCAAACCUCAUAAAUAUCUGUCAAGGGAUUGAGUUUCAAACUAUGAUUAAUCUUCUUGUACACAAUUGUCCAAAGUUCUCACUAACUUCAACAACAAUUGCUGAGGACAUGCUACAAACCUCUAAUUCCGAUAAGGAAAUUGAUUUCUAUCUCCGUCCUCACUUACUCAACAUAAGUGGUAUCAUAACCAAGGGCCAUGAGGUCCUUACAUCAAAGAAAGACGACAAAGGGAUACAAGACUUACAGUCAUGGGAACAAAAAUUGCCACUCAUUCCUUUACCAAACUUGACAGAGAAUUUUGAAGAAGCUAAAACAACCAUUAUUGGUGAUGUUCCAGCAUCAGUGAUACCAACUUCUGCUUCAAUACUGAGCAGGGAAGCUCUAACUUCUUCAUCGACUUGUCUAUAUAACAUACCUUUGAAUAGUAUUGUGAGAGUUGCAGAAGACGGAACCGUAUCAAACAAUGCCAAUAUGGUUACUUCGUCACUGCAUUCCGACUUUGCCAGCUCACAGUUAGGCCAAUUAGUUACUUCUCAAAGUAAAUCGUAUCUACAUAGUGAAAUUGGGCUCGGCCAUACUGAGAAAUACAGUGCUAAAGAAAGUGAAAGUCAUCCUAUAAAUAUUCUAGACUUGGAGGCCAAUGAUCUCAUCAGGGUAGUUCAACCUGCUGAGGAAGAUGGUGAAGCCCAAAUAACCACUUCUUCUAUUUAUGUUGUCGCUGGCACUGCAAAGCAUCGUUGCACUGACAUAGUUGUAAAGGCCCUUGUUGAGCUGGAAGAGUGUCUAAAGAUGCCUCUAAAGGACAUAGCUAGCUUUGAGGCUAACAGCCUUCGCCUUUUGACAGCUCUUAACUUCUUGUCCCACCUUCCUUUGCAAGAUGUAACUCUCUCAGAUGAACUUAAAGCAAUUAUAGACUCUAUAAACAAAGAGUUCCCAAGCAUUCUAUGUUCCUUCAAGCAAGCCUUUGCUAUUACCAACAAGCUGGGAGCGCUUGAAGCUCAUUGGAAUGAGUUAGCUGUUACUCUUGUUUCCAAAAUUUCCGAGGCAAAGAAUUUUAUGGAUGAAGCUCAGCAGAAGGAAACAGUUUUGAAGGAACGAAUAGUUAGGUUGGAGAAAGAAUUAAAAGAUUGCCAGGCUAACCUAUCAUCUCUUCAAGAGAAAAAGAAGAAAUGCAUUGCAGAAACUAUAGAGUACAAAGAGAAGAUUGAAAAUAUGAGGCAAGACAAGUCUCAAAUGAUGGAAGAUCAAAGAAAAGUUCGGGAAGAAUUAUUUGAAGUUGGUUAUAGAUGGUCGACUCUUUGUAGUCAAUUUGAGCACCACCGCAUUGUUGCUAGAGUUCCCUCUUGA